CUCUUUUCAUGUUUAUGAUGAUUUUAUAUUCCGUUUUAAACUCAAUUUUUCCGAAUCAAUUAAUUAUUUUUAUUUGUCCAUUAAAAGAAGUAUUUGAAUGAAUUGAUUUUUAAAAGGAUAAAUUUAUAGUUUUGCAUCUAGAAAGGUUAAAGGAGCGAAUUUAAAAAAAAAAAUACACGAAUUUUACUUAAAAUAUAUUUAUGAUAUCUUAUUAAAGUUUGCUUGCAACUAACUGUAUUGAGCCGCUCCUGCCUGAUAUAACCAUACUUGCCUGAUACAACUCUUCCGCCUGCUAAAAUUGUAGUUACGUUUCAAAAUGAUGAGUGAUGAUAAAGCUGAGCUAGGGAAUUUGCUUGAAAUUCUACCUCCUGUUGAGUUCUGCUGUAUAUAUGGUUCCAAACUCCAUCCCAACAACAAAGACCAGACAUCUAUGACAGAUUACAUUAUUGGAGUAGCUGAUCCUCGACAAUGGCAUUCUGAGAAUCUAAAAUUGAACAAGGAUCACUAUGCUUCAUGGCUCAUUCACCUUGGUGGAGCAAGGAUGAUAACUGAUAUUGCAAAUGACAUUGGUGUUGGCGUACAUUUCAACCCUUUUGUGUCUUGCAACAAGAAGAUGGUCAAGUAUGGAGUUGUACGGAUGCAUGACUUGAUUCAAGACAUAUUGGGAUGGGAGAAGUUCUAUCUCAGCGGUCGUUUGCAGAAACCUGUGAACAUUCUUGUGGAUAACUUGGAUAUCAAAAAUGUGAACUCUGUGAACCUGAAAGCUGCAACUUCUGCCGCUCUCCUCCUUUUGCCAUCAAAAUUCACGGAGGAAGAUUUAUUUGCCAAAAUCUGUAGCCUCUCAUAUAUGGGUGACUUGCGUAUGCUUUUUGCUGAGGACAAAAAUAAGGUGAACAAAAUUGUACAAGGACAGUUUCAUUUAUUUGAGGAAAUGUAUAAGCCACUUCUGGAAGAAUAUGAGGCCAAGAACUUGUUGAGAUUUUCAUCAGCUGGUGAUAAACAAGUAAACAUAUUGCAGGAUUGUGGGUUAUCUGCUGCUUCCACCUUGGUUUCUUCUCUUCCUUCAUCGAUCAGAAGUGAGAUGGCCAUGAAACUUGGAGAUAAGAGAAUUCUGGACAGCUCUGGUAGAGUUAGACAGCAAGUAGUGAUUGGUUCAAAAGAACAGGCUGCUGAGUGCAUGAAGAGGCUAGUUAGACGUAAGGUUAUGUUUUCGAGCACAAGGCAAGCUGUUGCAGGUUUAUUGACUGCUGGUGCUGUACAUGGUGUCAGAUAUGUUGCAAACAAAAUGCGCAAGGCUUGGAAAUCUUGGUUGUAAUCAGUAAUGCAUUAAUUUUGAUUUCCUAUUUUUGGGUGCCAUCAUUGCUUUUUAACUGCUUCAGACAUGGGGAUAUAGACACUACUAUAGUUUCAACAAAUGACAUGCGGUUCAACCAUAGAGUUCUUGGCGUGGAUAGACUUUGCCAAGCCUCCUGCUGCUUUUCAACAUCAGCAAAUAGAAUAGAGAGGGAAAAUAACCAAACACCCCAUUAAAAAAUUUCAUCUGAAGAUUUUCUGUUCACUUGUAUCUUUUCAUUAUUUACCUUUUCAAAGUUGGGAGGAGUUCUUAGGGGAAGGUCAGGCUGUUCUAUAAGUUAGAACAUCCUAAUGUACCAAUUAAAAUUUAAAGGUGUCGAUCAGUGGUUCUAAACAAUGAAUUGCUAUUGUGUGUUA